AUCUCCCUGGCAGAGCCCCAGCAGUGCUGUGCCACUCCAGCACGGACAGGCUGUCCUUGGGGCUGGGCAGGGCGUGAGGAGAGUGCCCUGCACCUGCUGAGGACUCCGAGAGGCUGAGGGCACGGGCUCUGAGGGCUCAGCUGGGAUGGGCAGUGGCUGCUGCACCACUCCCCAACCUCUGGGAGCAAUUAGAGCUGCAGCAGUUUCCCCUCUGCCCCCCCCUGGCUGUGCUGGAAUCUCAAUAAACCGGGGCUGUUGUUCAGCUUGGCUCCUGCUGUGCUCUUGGCCCACGUACUCUGUACUUUAUGGCUUUGUCUGACAAAGGCUCUGCUUCAGCAGUUCUGGCUGCCCCAAAGGCUCCAGUUCCGCUUCCCGAGACGGGGCUGGGGUUUACAGGAUCAGAAAGUGGUCAGGAUGUGAAAGAGGAAUGUUCUCCAGGGGCUCUGAGUGCCCUGGCCACGCAGCAUCUGCCCAGGGCGUGGGCAGGGGGGAGCUGUGCAGAGACCGAGGCACCUGCUCACCCUGCCCAGGGACACGGGCUGACAGUGCCCGAAACAAGCACGAGCUGCUCCCCAAAAAUGGGCCAGAAAGCUCCUGCUGGCUCUGCACGUGGAGGGAAACCCCAAGGUUUUGGCAGGGAAGUCUCCCUGUGUCGCAGAAGAUGAUUCUGGGGUGCAGCAGUGGGAGCUGGGACGGGCAGCGGGUGAUGGGGGAGCCCCCAGUGCCCCAUCACCCAUUCCAGUGGGCACUGGGCACUGCCAGCCUGGCAGGGCUGGGCCCACCAGCAAAUCCCCCCUGGCCUGGGGCCACUUUCCCCUCCCUUUGUGGGCUCUGGCUGGGCACAGGGGGACCAAGUUCAUCCCAAACCACAAUUGCCACCUCUGCCAGCAGCUCCGGCCGUGGCGGAUGUGCUGGAAAUAACCCUGGGGAGGCCAGGCCCCCCCUGCCAAGGCCACAGGACCCUAUAAAGGCACCCAGGGAGCCAGGGCUGCACCCAGCCCAGCACAGGGAGGCACCAUGAAGUCCCUGGUCCUGCUGAGCCUCUUGGCCCUGCUCACCCUUGGCCUCUGCCGCAGAGCUGCCGAUGGCUCUGCCAGCACCAAGGACUCGCCCAGCUCCGAAGCCUUUGUCUCCAGACGCGCCAGUGCCGAGCUGGUGCAGAGGCAGAAGCGCAGUUACGGCUAUGGCAGCAGCGCCUCGGGAGCCCCGCGGGACCCGCUGGAGGCCAAGCGCGAGGUGUGCGAGCUCAACCCCGACUGUGACGAGCUGGCCGACCAGAUCGGCCUGCAGGAGGCUUACCGGCGUUACUACGGGCUGGUUUAGCCCCAGCCCCGCUCGGGGCAGGGGCUGAGCUCCCACCAACCCGCAUCAGCUCCCACCUGCACCCUCCCACCCUUUCUGUUCGCCCUGGAAAGAAAUAAACGCACGUGGUAGAGCCAG